GUAUGAAUUAAAAUUCAUCGAUGAAUCAAACAGUAUCAGAAGAAGAGAUAGAAGACAUAUAAUUUGAAUUUCCAUCAAAUGACAAUGGGGAGAAAAUAUUAAGCGAAGAAGAAUUUUUGGAUAAAGUAGAAAGAGAGAUUAUAAUAGAAGAUUUUAUUGAAAGCGAUGCUGAAAGAAAAACCGAACGUGUUAAGGUUGAAGAAUAUGAAUAUUAUUAUGAAUACAUCUACGAAGAAACAAAUAAUUUGAAUACUUCAGAAGAAAACUUAAAAAUUUUUGAAGAUUCUUAAGCUGAUUUUAUGGAAUAAUAAUAAUAAAUAUUGAAAACAGAUUAAAAUGAAUAAGAAUCAUUAAUAUCUCAAAAUGAAAGUUUAUUAAAUAUUUCAGACUCUCUUAUUAAAUAGAAUUCAGAAUAUAGUGAUGAAGUUUAAAAAGGUUUGUCUUAAAAUUAGAGUGAGUUUAAAGGAUAAACUAAUUAAACAAAUGCUCAAAGUGUGGAAGAAAGCGAUGAAAUAUAAAUAUUAUAAUAUGAAGAGGAAGAAUAUCAAAAUAUUGAGGAAUAGGAAGAACAAAAAGAUAAUAGUAUUUUAGAAGAGGAAGAAGUUAUAAUAUUUGAAGAGAAUUAAGGUUAUACUUAAACAAUAUAAGAUGAUCUUAUUAAUAACCAUGAUGAAUAAAUUUUUACCUAGCCAAUAUCAUCUAAAUUCAAAAUAAUGAAUGAAUCUAUCAAUUAAGAAUAAUAAUAACAAUAAUAAUAGUAAUAAUAAUAACAAUAAUAAUAAUAAUAAUAAUAGUAAUAAUAAUAA